CCCUGUCAUUAAGGUGUUGUCGAAAUGAGAGCCCCGUAGGUGUGGGCCGUUCCCGAAGUUUGUGGUUGUAGAUUUUCAAAGGGGCGGACUUCUUCUUGGCUCCGGGACCAAGUUCCUGAAACUGGUCUUCUCUGCCUUGAAAAAUGUCUUCGUAACAAGAGGCGCCAAGGAGCUUCCUUCACACACGGUAGAGAACAUGACGGAAGCGCCUCAGGGGUUUGAUUUCAGCUUCUUAAAUGACGAGGAGGCCAGGAAGAUCCUCCAGGUGCUGGAAAGAAAUGAGGAGCUCCGGAGGGCAGAGAAGGACAGGAUCAGCAAACUCCAGAAGACAAAGAGGGAUAUCAGAUGGCUUCAGGGAGUGACUGGCGAAUGGUUUGAGGAAAUUCAAAGAAAAAAGUUCUGCAAUGAAGCAGAUGUUAGCCAAAUGUUAAAACAACCACUUACAUACAGACUCAGGAAGGGGAUGGCAGAAAAUGAUUCUAUGAAAUUACAAACAUCAAGAUCUAAAAAUACAGCUCAUCAAAGAAACCCAACGUCCAUUUCUUCUCGGCUGAGUUUCCGAUCGUCGUUUGCGUCCCUGUUCUCGUUCAGAAAAUCCAGAAAGGAGACUAUAAAGCUUCAGUCUCUGGGACAGAAAGGAUGCGACAACCACCCAGGACCUCCUGCGUCUGUGAGGCGAGUCCUUACGCAGGCAAAAAUACACAGCUCACCUCUGGAAAAUCCGCCAGUUGAGAGUGCAUUUGUCCCCAGGCCCACAAGCAUGAGGGAGGGAAGUGGCGUGCCCCCGUGGGAUGCAUCCCUGCUAGAAAAUGAGUUUUUCCAAGUUUUGGAUGAUUUGGAUACCAAACUGGCUCAGGAACAGUGUCCAAGCUCCGUGAAUACCACAACGUCUCUCAGCUAUGGAUCGAGAACACAGUUCAGUCAUUUCUACUCUAGAGGGAACACACACGGUAAUAUCACCGGAUGGCACAAAAACCACUAUAAAGAAACUUCUAAUAUGUCUAUCUAUGACAUCCUGAGGCCAGGAGCCCCUAGGGAAGGUUUUAAAACCUUUUCUCCAAGAACAAAAACAAUUUAUGAUAUGUACAGAACGAGGGAGCCCAGGCUCCUAAAAGAAGAUUCUGUGCGAAAGAAUACUUUUGGUAGUACUUCUCUGUGUUUCGACAGCAGGCAACGAUCGGCUUCACCAGCUACAAGAUAUUUCACAGCAAGAAGCUUACAUUUUCCAACCAUCACUCAGAACAAGAGUGGGUUUCUACCACCCAGGCACCAGCAGAGCCCAAAGAGGACUCCUUUGUCCUCCAUCAUAUGGAAUAGAGUGGAUUCUUCUGGAGAUAGGCAGAGCCAGGAAGAGUUUCUGAGGGCCCCCUCGCCCAUGGAGAUCGACACUGCCGACCCGUAUGCGUAUCCCAGGUGUUUUCAGGAGAAGACGAGAUACGGAUUCUACCGUUCACAGAGUGUUUACCAAGGUGUUCAUUUUAAUGCCCCCGUGGAUAAUGCAAUAAGUCCUGACCCGUUUGAGAACUCAGAGAAUAUGCCAUUCUACCCUCAGGAAAACCCAUUUGCUCAAUCUUUGUCUAGCAACACCUUUGGACGAAACGGGGAACAAAGAUUUAGACAGAGUCCUUUUUGGGACCCACAGGAAGAACAUUCUUCCUGGUCUGAGUUUCAUCAAAGCAGGCAUCUCUUCCCUUCUUCCCACAGAGACUUUGAAAUGAUUCCCAUGGAAGCAAAUAGUGUGUUGGCUGCUCGUGGCCAUGGUGUUCCUUCUCAACACUGGGGAUCGUUUUCUUCUAGUUACAGAACAAAUAUGUUCGGAGGUCAAGAAGAGCCACACCCCUGGCAGUUUGGUUCUCCGACACCCACGCUGGAGAGCAUGGAGAUGUCACGAGGUAAUGGGAGCCAGUCGACUCAUUUCAACACACCAAAUGUUUGUGCUCUGACUGAUCCAGGCUAUCACAUCCCAUCUGGUAAGUCAGUGUGUCAAGACGGCAGUCUUCCUACGGAUGUACACAUAAACAAAGAAUCUUAUUCAUCUGGCAUCGCUCAGACUCUAGCAUCUACGUUCAAAACUUCAUUCCCCCAGAUUCCUGAUGACAGAGGGAAUCCUCAGAGUUCCAUCUUUCAGAAGCCCACCAUCACCGCACAGAAAAUGAGGCCUGCCUCUCUUCCAGGAAAAAUCUAUACAGAAGUCACUGUGACCAAAAGGAAUUCAGUUGAUUCUCCACCUCUUACUGAAAACCCACCCAAUAUCUUGGCCACGGAAGUGAGCCAUGAGAAAGACUUGAAUGACUCUAUUUUGGGAGAGUAUAAACAACUGAACAAGAUGGACCAGACAAACAUGACAAGUGAAAGGCCCCAACCUGAUGCACAGACUGUCAUCUCUAACCCUUCCCCCGAUUUUCGAGAUCCCCUCUUUCAGGACUCAGCCCAGAGCAGAAGAUUUGCUUGGAACGCGUCUACCACAGUAAGUUCCAAACAGAGAGAUAUAUCCAAAAUUCAUCUAUCACACAGAGGGAAAUCCAACGAACUAAAAAAAGAUAGGAAUUAUCAUCCCGGGAAUAGAAAAGUUGUCUCAGCAACUACCCCUCCUUUCAUUGAGGAAAGCAGAACAACAUCAUUUCCCGGCCCAGAUCCAGGAUGUCACCAAGAAGUAAGAGUAAGUGGUGAAGAUAGUGCAGGCAUUAUUAGAAAUCACCCCUGGAGCUCUGAACCUGCUGAGAAUCAAAGCGCACAGUUUCCAGAAGAGCCUGCUGUUUUAGAUGCUGAGAAAGAAGAACGCAGCACGACUCAUUCUAUGAACUGUAGCCAGUCAGCGGCUGGCCACAAGAUCCCAGGUGACUCUUUAGAUCUCUCCUCAGCUAUCCUACCCGAUACGUCACCAUCGAAUAAUUCUUUUCUCCAGGCUCUGGUGAUUCCUUCUACAAUGGCGUUCUCCAGGAGAAGUCCUUCAGGCAAAGAUCCAUCUCUGGGAGAAGGAGAACAAAAAGACAAUGAUCGUAAACCCCAAAAUGAUCAGUUUGCCCCAAGCUCCUCAGAAAACCAAAGGAGUCAUGAUAAUUUCGUGCUCGUACAUGAUGAGGUAGUUGACGCUGUCAAAUGUCAUUCCUGCCCUCCUUGCAGGGAGGGAAAAGGAAAAGGAAAAAUAAGACGAUGCAUAUCCUGUUUUGAAAAGUUAAGCAAAAUGGAAAGCAGAUCAGCAUCAAGUGAUAAAAGUAACCACAGGGAAAUGAAUCAAGGCAGUUCCAAGCGUCCUGAGGGUCACACAACUUACUGUAUCUCGCCAAGAAAAUCAGCCAGUUUCCUCAUCAAUAACAGGAAGCUGGAAAGUAAGAUAAUGCGUUCUUCCUUUAGGAAUGACCCACUUCCAUUCCAAAUGAAGAAUAAGGUGGAAGACCCGGUAGGGAAGUACACAUCAAACAAAUUCAGUUCCAACUCUUCGGAGUCAGAAAGCAAAUGUUCCAAAGCCGUGUCAGACUCAGUCUCAGUAGCGUCUGAAGUCACGAAGAGAAUGACACAUAUGAAAACCAUUAGAUCAGCUUCUGUUAGAAAAGGACCACUUCCAUUCCUCAUCAAGAGGGCUGUGUCUUGUCCUUCGGGGGCACCAGAUGCCUCUAAUGGGAGAGAGGAAAGAGAAAAAUCCUUGGCCUCAAACACAGGUGCUUGUGCUCUAACGCUACAACCUUGGGAGACCAUCAUUAGCCCUCCAGAAAGAAACUCGCCUGUUAGUGAUUGUUCUUUACCCAAAAGACACCCUCAAAAGGAAGACGUUCAAGAACAUACUGAAAAGGAUGGUAAAAUUGCUUCCUCCAAGACAAGUCUCUUUUCAAAUGAAGACCCUUUACCUUUUUCUUCAGACAUGUCAAGAAAAGAAAGUGGGAAAGCAUUACACAAAUUUAAGACCACUAGUAUGUUUUCUGUUUCUGGUGAUGAAGAUAAUGUAAAAUGUCUCGAGGUGGUUUCGAUAUAUUACACUCUGCCAAGGAAAUACAGCAAGAAAUUCUGCAACUUUCUUGAAAAGUAUACACAGCAAAUUGAUUCCCAUCCAGAAUCAAUGAAAGUGGAGACUGAAGCAUUUCCUAAUGCUUUUGAAAAGGACAAACUAAAUGAUUCUCCACAAGAGCAAUCAGGAACACCUUCAUCCGAAGGUCAAAAGAUGCUGGUCCGCUCUGCCCAGGAGAAGAGCCAUUUUCUCUCUCACACCACUGAAGAUAUGACUGCUGUACGAGACCUUGGAUCCUCAGAGCUCACAUUACAGGAAAUGGCUUCUACGGAGACAGAUGUUUCUCUUCAUAAAGGACCAUCGAAAACUAGAGAGAUUUCCCCAGAUAACUUCACUAGAACACCUGCUGGUGAUUCACAGAGCAGAAAGGAGGGAGCGAAGAAAUGGCCAAGUGAAACCCUGUGCCCUUCAUCAAUGCUUCAGGGAAAAAAAGUUACAGAAGAGAACUUGGAAGACUGUCAGCAGCCCAUUAAGUUGGUUAACCGUGGCCCUUCUCAUCUUCCAGCCCGCUCAGAAGAGACUGUUGAAAAUUCCCCAACCGGAAGAAGUUCUGAGGAGUGUCCAGGUAAGGCUGUGGUGAUUACAGCUCCUGGAACUGCGGAACGCCCUCAGAAAGAUACCACAGGUGAAGCUACGGCUGGGAGCGCCUGUGGAUCGCAGCCUAGGCAAGUAAGAGGGGAAACCAGAACACAUGUCCAAAAUGAGACUAAUAAAGGACUUUCUGACUCAGAAAGCCAGGUCUUUGCUCUUACUCCAGUUUUGCAAAAUCUACACCUUGACGAAGGGACUUGUCCAGGUGAAGCAGAUGUAGACAGUUUGCAGUCUGAACCCAGAGACCGACCUCAAAAGAGUCAGGAGGUAAGUAUGACAGAGAAUGGCAAAGCCGAAGACGAAAUACGGAAGUUGGCAUGGGAUCAACCUUCGCUUCCUGAAGGAAGCAAUAAAAAUAAAACCAGCUUGGAUGACCCAGAAAAAGGGAAGAACAGAUCUUUAGUUAAACACAGAUGGGCAGCCAUGUCCAAAGCCAGCAGAAAAUUCUCAGCUAAAGAUUUAAGCCCCAGAAGACACGUAGCUACUAUCUUCCCCCAAAGUGGGAACAGCUGUGGUUUGGACAGCCGGUCUCUUGGCACACCAGAGUGCGACGCUCUGUCCCCUGAGCCUGCUCCAAAGCCAUUAGAUUCCAGAGAUGAACGCAGGUUGAGGAGCGAUGUGAUGGGUGUUGAGAAACCUGAGAACUCUCUCAAGGGGACUGUAAUAUCCGACAGAGAAGCUUCUACACAUUUAAGCAAUCAGAAGUCUAACGGCAUGUCACAACUACGUCAGAAUGAGUCUAAAAAUGUCUCAGACUCAUCACCCAAGUAUGAGAAGUUGAAAGACGUAGCAGCAGCUCAGACCUUGGAAAGACAGUCAGCGGCCUUGACCCAACCGACAUUCCCCAGCCUCGGGGAAGCAGAAUUCUCUGACCUUCAGAAAGGACUGAACCCUCCUUUUCCAUUGGAGCCUGAAGAGAAAUCCAGAGGGAGCAUCCCGUUGUCCACUUAUGGGCAGCAACAAAGUGCUUCAUCUCUGGAGGGGGAACCUGAACCACACCGCCGUCACUCAAACAGUUUAAAAAGCAUCAGUGUGCAUGGUAAUCUGGUACGCAAAAGUCAUCCUCCAAAAGUCAGGGAGCGCCAUUUGUCUGAGAGCACGUCUCUUGUCAAUGCCCUGAGCCAGCUGACCCUAGGGAAUGAUUUCUCUAGCAACGGUGGGUACAGUCGAAGAUUCAGAUCCUUUUCUGAGCUUUCCUCCUGUGAUGCAAAUGAAAAUCCAGCUUUGUGCAGUGACAGGACAAAAAUGGGUCCCCGGUCUGCCACGUCCAUAUCCAGACCCAUUGACUAUGGAAUUUUUGGGAAAGAACAGCAGUUGGCCUUCUUGGAGAAUGUAAAGAGGUCACUCACACAAGGAAGAUUAUGGAAGCCGAGCUUUCUCAAGAACCCUGGCUUCCUGAAAGAUGACAUGAUUAGUGCUCCUAAUCCAACAGAGCCAUCUGGCUCAAAUUCUCCUCUGGGCCAGAUGCCAGAAGAUGCCUUAUCUCCAAGCACACCACUUAAUAUCUAUGAAGAGAAUCCACUGGACUCAGAUUGUGACACAGACACAACCACAGAUGAUGAAUAUUAUCUGGAUGAAAAUGACAAAGAGUCAGAACUGUGAGCCUUCUUCAAUAAAAUGCCUAACCUUUCCACCAAAAGCUUGUAUGGAAAUGAAGUGUAAAUGUGUAUGCCCUUGAGAAGGACAGUACAAAAAAGAUCUGGUCUGAGCAGCACCUGCUCUGAAACAACCCGAAUUCUCUAACCUCUCUUCUCUACACUAUAUAUAUAUAGUGUAGAAAGCAUAUACAUAUAUAUAUGUAUAUGCUUUCUAAAUUCUAGAGGAAAUGAAUUUUUAUUUGGGGGACUUCUCUGCUGUUUUCUCCCUCUGUAUAUGUUCUUGGCCUUUCUCUCCACUGUCCAGUUUUGGCUUUCUGCUUUACUUUCUCCCUAAUUUUUACACCUUUCAUUUGAUACGCAGCCCUAAUACCCGAGGCACAUACAAAACUAGUAACUUCAGUAAGUUAGUAGUUAGAAAACUCUAUAUUUCCCCUUCCAUUCCAUAUUCUAUAUCCAAGACAUUAAAUAAAUGUCUUGAUGAUGGCCAUGGAGUCAAUGGUAUCAUCCUGUUUGACCUGGCAUUUAGGAGAUUUAGGGUUGGUUUUUUUUUUCCUUUUACACAAAAAUAAGGGCAUUUUCACAAAGGCAUCCUAUUAGAUCCAUAGAGAAGCCCGGAAGACAGAUGUUUGAUGUAUUUAUUGAGGUUAUAAAUGAGGAACUGAAUCCCUAUUAAGCCCCAAAUAUUAGUACUCCAAGGACUACCUUUGAAGACAUUUGUAGGGAUCGGCUGAUGUGUUAAGGGCUGAAUUUUAAUCUGUCAAGGACUCGGGCCGGCAGCACGAUGGUGCAGAGGCAGCUUGGCCACAGCAUUCCUGCUCAGGAAGGGAGCAUGACUGUGGAUGCAGGUAAGUGGACAUCCUUCGUGGGACUGCCAUCCUCCCUGCAGCUCUUCCCCCCCAGCUGGUUUUCCCCAUUUCUCUAGGACUCCCCAUUUCUCGAUUUUCUUUAUUUGCAGGAUAGGACGCUUGAUUUCAUGUGCACGUUUUAGUCACAAAUAUCAAGCAGUAGCUUUGGGCAAGCCCCUACAAUGCUGCUGAGUCAGGUCAGAAACACAGGGAUUCCCUAGCUUCUUUGCAGGACCAUUUACCAGACCCCCUGGAAAUUAAAGGCAGAACAAAUCCCUGAGAAACUAGAAGGCAGAGCCUCUAAGUGCUUGUUACUAUGACUCCUUCAAUAAUGUAUCUAGACUACAUUAGAUACAUUCUAUCUAAUACAUACAUUCUAUCCUUCUUCAUACCCCCUGAUACCUUGGUUUUCUAACUCUUUAACUGCCAAGGAGACCUUCUGGAACUUCCCCUCCUAAUACGAUAAACACCAACAGAUGUUGGAACUCAAACUCCAGAAAGCCUGCCCUCCAGGAUCUUAGUGCUGUGAGGUGGUCCACAUGAGUGGAUUUCCUUCGGAUUGCUUCAUAGUUGCUUCCUGACCCAAGUCUGUUGUCCAUUUUUCUCACCUAGUCUGUAUCAUCCAUAUAAAUUAAGGAUAAUGAUAGUGUUGGUGAAGCAUAUAGAGAUCUGGAACUGAUAGAAAUGCAAGAAAGAGCUAUAUUAUUAUUAUCCUCCUACCCAUUGCCUUGCCUGGAAGCAAAAUACCAGGGCUGCUUUACAUCAUUCCCAUGAAACCCAAAACUAAUAAACGUGGUAACUGACAUGAAAGCUAUUCCUCAAAUCUGUAAAUUGUUUUAAAGUCCAGGCUUUGACCAAUAUCAAGCUCAAAGAGACUGAUAAUAGAGUUUUAAAUCAACUGUGCUGAAUAUUUCCCCUUAAAUCGUAAAGAAGAAAUAACAUUUUAUUCCUUUCUUAUUUAUGUUUGUAAAUUCUGCCUUUCCCCUUCCCCUUCUAUUUAUCUGACUAUUUAAGUACAAGUUUCAUAAACCAUGACUUAGGUUUUCCCUUCUAAUUUUAAGACAUUCAGAGUUCACAUUUUAAUGUUAAGUGUUGCAAUUUUUGAAAAAUGGUCCACUUGCAAGUUCUAUUUCAGUAAAUACUCCGAGUUUACAUGUAUGUUACAGAGGGUGAAAUGAAGUUAGCUUAUAUUUCACUGAGUUUAGGCUGUAACAAGUUAGUUAAAUUAAGGUGAGGAUAAGCAGUUACUCUGAGGCCCUUCUGCUCUGCACUGGAGUCUCCUAUUUGAACUCAAAGGUAAUUGAUUGCUGAUGCUCAUUUGCACUGUUUGUAAUGUUUGCUUGUUGCUCUGGCUCAAGAAUCAAAGAAACAGAAAAUUCAUGAAAAGAGCACCUCCUAGGGCUACCUGAGUAUCUCAGUGAGUUGAGCAUCCAGCUCUCAAAUUCAGCUCAGGUCAUGAUCUCAGGGUUUGUGAGAUCGAGCCCUCCAUCAAGCUC